GCCAGGGAUGAACACACAACAUUCGCGCCAAGUGUGAGCAUUGUCAUGUCGUGGUAACAUAGUGAGGCUGGUCACCAGUUCUGUUUGUGUAUUUAUGUUUUUAGGUAAACGGGCUUCGCACCUUACUUUGGAAAAUGGCACAAGUGGCCAGCUGUGCCGAAAAACAUGUUGAUCUACCAGGAGCGCCAUCCUCUGAGGGUAUGACCAUCGUUGAUGAUGAUGAUUCACCAUCAUCUGCAAAGAAAUUGAAGCAAGCACGCCUCCCAUUUAAACCAAUUGGCCCAAAAUCUCAAAUAUGUGUCAACCCCGCUCCUCAUGGGGUGCCAAAGAAACGCAAAUUGUCAGAUCAAGAAUCACCAAGCGCCAAAGCUCCCAAGAUUUUCAACAAACACCAAGCUGACCGGCUCAAGCACGAUAUCCCAGAAAAGACUCCUUCUGACAUUGCCGACCAUGACAAUGAGGUGAGCUCCAGCUCCGAGGCAGAAAAUGUCCCCGUCUCGGGGAUGGCGAAACGCAAACCCUGCGAGACCAACAUCCUGGAGAGGUUUAUUCGCAAGUCAUCCCAAGAGGAGAUAUCUUCAACCAACGAAGUAGUAGAUUUAACCGAGAUUAGUGAGGAGAUUAUUGAUAACUGUGACAAUGCUAAAGCCCUUGAGGUGACCAGCUCUAAGGGGACCAAGAAGGCAGGUGACAAGCUCACUGGUACGUCCGAUGAGAAGGCCCAGCCUGUUGUUGAUGAGAAGGCCCAACCUGUUGUUGAUGAGAAGGCCCAGCCUGUUGUUGAUGAGAAGGGAGGUGAAGUUCAACCUGAAGAUGUAAAUAAUGUUCUGGCAAUAAUAGAUGAGGAUGAAGCUAAAAAAGACAGUAUUACAGAACCUGAGUGUAAAGAUGAAGGGAAUAAAACUGAAUUUACAACUGUUGCUGAACCAGAGCCUAUUAAGUGUGUGGAUGUUGAUAUGGUGGAAGAGGAAGACGUACCUAUUUCUCAUGAAAAGGAACAGGUGACACAAGUCGAUAAUGCCAGGUUGAAUGAUCUGGAUGCAUCAGCCAUUAGCGUUCAGUCUGACGAAAACAAAAGCUCAGAACUAAAUGGUUCGUCAAGUAGUAAAACUGAUAGUGAUGAGGAGAGUAGCACCUCUUCAGACGAGUCUGAUGAUGAGGAUGAGGAUGUUGAUGAUACCUCAUUGAACGAAACCCAAAACAGUGGUGGAGAUGUCUCCAUGAAUGACAGCCUGGCAGACAAGUCGGUGUCCUCCCAAGACAAAAGCCCAACUGCCAACUCAUCCACUUGCAAAACACCCAAAACAAAACAACAGAAGUGCAGUGUUUCCAAGACACCAGGUGGCAGCACGGUACAGACAAGUACACCCAAGAACCUGCGUGAGAGACCAGCAAGCAUCAAGAUGUCGGAAAUCAAAAAGCAAGAGAAGAAACAGGAUCGGGAAGCGAAGAGACAGAAACUCCGAGAACAGAAGGAACAAGAGCGACAACAGCAGAAGGAAAAGAAAGAACAAGAGAGGUUGGAGGCAAAGAAGAAAAAAGAUGAAGAAAAGGCUGAAAAGGAACGGAAGAAAAAAGAAGAAAAGGACAAGAAGGAACGUGAGCGGCAGGAGAAGAAGGAUCAGCUGGAGCGUGAGAAGCAGGAGAAACUCCAGCAGAAGGAGGAGGAGAAGAAGAAGAAGCAGGAGAUAAUAGACGCUAAACUGGAAGAGAAGCGAAAGAAGGAUGAGGAAAAGCAGAAGGAAGAAGAUGAAAAGAAUAAGAAAAAACAGAAGGAAAAACAAACAUUCACCAGCUUCUUCUUCAUCAAGAAAGCACAGUCACAGACACCAUCGAAGGUGAAGGAGCAGUCCCACUUCUUCAUGCCGUUCGAGGUGAAGAAGGACAUGUUUCUGGCACCGCCCACUCGGCGAGAAUUGCAGGAGGAAGACAAGGCAGUGCUGGACCAACAUCUCCAGACACAGGAAAGUCAACCUUUGUACAUCAAGGAGAUAACAAAUUCUUCAUACCAGAAGAAACAGAGUUCUCGAACUCUUCCACGACUGGCAGUGUCGCCGCCUGUCGAUGUGGACGAUGAAGACAGUGUGAAAUGUAUGGACGUCAUCGAGGAGGAGGAGAAGAAUAAGAAUCUAGUCCGCCAUCACUGCAAACUGCUGCAGUUUCACACCAACUAUCGUCCGCCUUACUACGGCACCUGGCGCAAGAAGAGUACAGUGCUCAACCCCAGGAAGCCAUUUAAACAGGAUACGGAACUGUUUGACUACGAGGUUGACAGUGAUGACGAGUGGGAAGAAGAGGAACCGGGUGAGAGUGUCUCCAGUAGCGAGGAUGAGGGUGAUGAGAAAGAGGACAAGGACGAAGAUGAGGAAGAGGAGGAGGACGGGUGGAUGGUCCCCCACGGUUACCUGUCUGAGGAUGAGGGCUGUGAGCAGGACGAGGAGAUCACCCCUGAUGUGCUGAAGGCUCGUCAGAUGGCGAAGCAGGAGGCAUGGGAGGCGGAGCAGAAGCGCCAGAAACAGCCGGUCCGAGCUGUCGUGAUUGGCGUAGCCUGGGAAGGGGAGGCUAUUGCGUCUCACCUGGCGGCCAAACUGGCCCAGUUCCAGGCUGUGUGUUUGUCUAUGCUGCCAAUUGACACGAGGUCUCGGCCCGGGGACAACGCGGGUGGUGGGAAGGAUGGAGACAGGACAUCGUUUGGAAAAGGAAACAGGAAACCUGUGCCAGAGGAGGCCAUGCCUGAUCUUAUACGGUUAUUGCAUGGCAACUUGAUUGGGAUCAAGAAACUGAUCAAGGAGUUCAGGUUGUACUGGAAGAAAAAGACUUCGGGCAGUCUGGGUGAGGCAGACGGUGACAAUAUGGAUGUGGAUGAAAGUGUGACCGACAAGAACGCCUCAGUGUUGGAGGGCUCUUGUACGGAGGAAAAGAACGCUCAAGUGAGUGCUGUGGACGUCAAUUCUGGUGGUGGCGGAGGAGGAGAGGAGGACAAUAAGGACACAUCUGACGGGUUUGGGAUGUCAAAACGGCAGCUAGAGAUGAAAAUCAUGUCUAUUGCCUUGCGGGAAAGGAGACCAAAUUUUAAGAAAGUGUGUUGGUAUGUGAAAGAAGAGGUUCUCAAACAGUAUGAGAUAGAGGAGCCAGCUCUACCCAAUGCCUGGCAGUAUGUGUCCAAGGGCUUGAUCAAGGUGAAGAACGAAGAGGCUGCUGGGAGGAAAACUCCCAAUAACUUGGCUGAAUCGUUCACCGAUUCAGUGUCAGUCAUCAUGAAGGAAGAGCCGGCUGCAGAAGAGGCUGAAGCUAAACCCCUUCCAAAGGACCAACCCUCAAUCAUGCAGUUUGCAAAGAAAAUGCAACCUAGUGAACUGCCCAAACCCAAGAUACGAAGAGUACAGCUUAAGCCUGCUACUCCUGUUCCCACUCCAAGUGCUGAGAGGUCCCCUGUCGCCGACUUUGAUACAUCAGCAGGUGAAGAAGUGCUUGGUCCAUAUAAAACACUGCCAAAAGAUCAAAGAUCAAUUAUGGAUUUUGCCAAGAAACCUCCAAAUGGUGCACGGACUGUUCCUCCAAGCGUUGUUAAAAAAAUGCUCUUGUCACCCAAGUCAUCAUCUAGUGCUGAUCUCAAAACAAGCCCAAAACAGGUACUCUCAAGGGAGACAACCCCCAAACAGAAAGUAUCAAGGGAGACAACUCCCAAACAGAAAGUACCAAGGGAGACAACCCCCAAACAGAUACUUUCAAGGGAGACAACCCCUAAACAGACAAUAUCAAAGGAGACAACCCUGAAAGGGGAAGCUGUGGCUAAGGUGUCUGUGAAGGGGGUUGUCCCAACACCAUCUGCGACAGCAGUCACUUCUCAGGACAAUGAUGUUGCCAAGAAAACAGUGAUAAGUGCUAGCAAGGAGGAGGCAAUGGACGUAGAUGAUUGCAUUAUCAUUGACUAGGGUUUUUAGGUGUAGGUAUAAUCUAGAAUAUUCUACUUUGUGUUUAAUAGCAAAUACUAUUAGUUGUGUGUUUAUGUGUACAGAUAUUGCAUAUAUAUUUAAAAAUUAAUUAAUACAAAACAUUUUCAUCACUCCUAAGUUUACUUUGAAUUAAUCUUUAAGACAUUUGGUGUAUGGUUGAUACAAGGCAUGUCUUGACUUCUGCCUCUUGCUCACAGCUCAGAAAUCACUGGAUUGCAUGGGUCAAGUCCAACUACACCAAAGCACACAUGUGGUUUAUGUAACUGUUUUGGGGGUGAGAAAUCAUUUGUCCUUCCAAACGACAUAUGGUGGUGUUCUUAGCCUUUCAAUGCACAGGAAAUAUUUUUGUUGGAAUCAUUGUGGAGAGGAAGGCAUUUAUUAAUUUAUUUUUUAUUAGUUCAAGUUUGUCUUCCACCGAGAUGGCGACUGAACUGGGACUGGAACUUCACAAUUGUCAAAAAAAACAACCCCAACUGUUUCUUUCAGUGACAAAUUAUGUAUGUUUCUGAACUAUCAGUAACUGUUACCACAACUUCUUGCAUGCUCCUCAAGGCGAUAUCUGCCGUUCUGUAAAUGGCGAAGCAACAAAUGGAGGUAAUAAACAGUUGUCGUGUUUAAAGAGAUCAAGGAAAACAGGUAGGGAUGCAAGAAGAAUUAUGUCUAACGUCCCUCAGCCUGUGUAGUCUGUGUGGUGAUGCUGGGCUGAGAUGACCCGUCUUCCAUGUGUUUAACCUUUAGCCUGCUGAAUUGUUUUAGCAUACGGCGCUGUAAAGAGGGUGGCCGAUUUCAAACAGUCUUCCAUGUGUUUAAAGGAGAAGCAGGAGGGAAAAGCUUACAAUUUCAACAUUGAAUACAAUUUUAAAAAGGUUAUAGUCAAGGAUUUGUGAUUGCUAAUGAAUGGGAAUAGAACAUUUGAAUUCUUGUUCAACAUCAUUCAAGUGGGACAUUUCGAUACGUGAAGAAAUGUAAUGUCUCUGUGAACAGUGGAGUAUUUCAUUUUCCGCAUACUCUGAUAUCUGACAAGAAGUAGCAACACAAACAGGGUUAAGCAUGCAAUUAGUCUAGGGCUUCAAGGUUGAAGAUUAUAUCAGCGUUUUGAUACUCUUUUGUUAACUUACGUGACACAAAUUCAUCAUAUAUUUCAUGACUGCUUUCUUUUUAAGAAACAAACAAAUCUUAAAUAAGAUUAAUUGAACAGCGGUAUGACUGUGUAGUGGCUGCAUGAUUGAACUAGUCAUGUGUAUAACACCGAUGCAGUCCGCAACAUUAACCAGUAGUCUGAAACCCAAGUCCAGUAAAAUUCUGCUCGGUCUAGUUAACUGCUCAUGAUAGUUUAACACUAAAAAUCAUCUGAUAAUGAUGAGCCAUGUCUGGGCUAGUUGACUCAAGCGUUUGGCAGACUGCCUGUGUUUGCACCACAAGGCAGCUUUCGGUAUACGAAACUUUCAGAUAGUAAUACCCAGGUGUGUCCUGUUAAUCUACUAAGUAGUCCAUCUCUCAAACUAUUCAGAGAAAGUUUUAAAUGAAGUGCUGAACUGUCAGUGUUGUUCGAAGUUAUGUAUAAUUUGUAAGAAUCCGUAAGAAGACCUGAAAAUUUUGUAUUUUCAAGUUGGCUGUGCUUUAUCAUCAGGUAUAUCAACUCGUUUACCUGUUACCAAAAUCGUGCAAUCAUGCUCCAUAGAGGGGCCUAGUUUUAAACUUUAAAGAUUGAAUAUUGGUAGUUUAUCUGGCGAACUGAAGCUAAUUACUACUUUCGCUAACCCAGAUAAUGUGUAAGUAAUGCAUACAUCAGUUAUUUGUCUUACUGUACAAGUGUUCAAGGUAUUUAUUGGUUGGUGAAACCAAACUUGCAAAAAUUCUGUCAUCUGCUUAAUGCAAUAAUUUGUCAGUGGAUGAAACCCAUUUUGGGAUAGAUUUAUUACUAAUAUUGUCAGUAUUAAUAUGAAUAUAUAAUCGUAGAUUACCAACUGAAUAUAUACCGUACCAUUCUUCUUUUCCAUAUUGUCUCCAGGUUAUAAGUAAUUUAAAUGUGCUCAGGGUAUUGUUAACAUGUCAGCAGCGUAUCUUCACGACAUUGCCGAGUCGGCCCUCCAGUGCAUCAUUUGGUAAGUGAUACUUCCUUCUUGAAUCAAAUAACCAUGAACUUUAUUUAUAACAAAAUUAUUUUAACAGUAAUACCAUUAUGUACCUUUUGUCUUCAGUGUCACGUCGACAUUUGUGUGUAUUACAGAGAAGGGUGAAUGAGUGAUACAUGUAAAUAAAUAAUCUGAUCAAACAUC